AUGCGCGGGCGCUCCUGGUCCCGCCCUCCCACAGCCGCCCUCUCACCCUGGCAACCGCGGCGACAACGGCGCGCGCGCGGGUGGGGCGCGGACGGGCGGGGCCGGGAGGCUGCGCUGCGGGCGGAGGCGGAGGCUGAGGCUGAGGCUGAGGCGGUGGCGCGGCCCAGGACAGCGGCCCCGGCUAGCGGUCCGGCGCGUCCGACCUCCCUUCGCCUCCUCGCGCGGCUCUCGGACGCGGCCUCGGGCCCAGCGGACUUAGCCUCUGGCCAUGGACUCCCAGAAAGUAAAAGUCAUGUGUUAACUGAACGGAUAUUAUUAGUUCAGGGCAAAUGGAAGGGCAAAGACUUGGAGUCCAGAGACUUGGGUUCCAUGCUGCUGUUUACUGGCUCUGAAGCUUUACAAAGGAUCAUAUCAACUCUGGCAAAUAAAAAUGAUGAAAUUCAGAACUUUAUUGAUACACUAAAUCAAACACUAAAAGGAGUUCAGGAAAAUUCUUCUAACAUACUUUCAGAGCUAGAUGAAGAAUUUGAUAGUUUAUACUCUAUAUUGGAUGAAGUGAAAGAAAGUAUGAUUAAUAGUAUCAAGCAGGAACAAGCUCGUAAAUCACAAGAGUUACAGAGUCAGCUUAGUCAAUGUAAUAAUGCCCUGGAGAACUCUGAAGAACUGCUAGAAUUUGCAACACGGUCAUUAGAUAUAAAGGAGGCUGAAGAAUUUUCAAAGGCUGCCAGACAGAUCAAGGAUAGAGUAACGAUGGCUUCAGCCUUUCGCCUUUCUUUGAAACCAAAGGUCAGUGACAACAUGACUCAUUUAAUGGUGGAUUUUUCUCAGGAAAGACAGAUGUUGCAGACUUUGAAGUUUUUGCCAGUCCCCAAAGCUCCAGAGAUAGAUCCAGUAGAGUGUUUGGUGGCUGACAAUGCUGUAACAGUAGUUUGGAGAAUGCCAGAAGAAGAUAAUAAGAUUGACCAUUUUAUACUGGAAUAUAGGAAAACUAAUUUUGAUGGACUUCCACGUGUAAAGGAUGAGCGAUGCUGGGACAUAAUUGAUAAUAUUAAGGGUACCGAAUAUACACUGUCAGGUUUAAGGUUUGAUUCAAAGUAUAUGAAUUUCAGAGUGCGAGCGUGUAACAAAGCUGUGGCUGGAGAGUGUUCUGACCCAGUGACUCUAGAGACCAAAGCACUUAAUUUCAGUUUGGAUAGCUCAUCAUCACAUUUGAACCUGAGAGUUGAAGAUACCUGUGUAGAGUGGGAUCCUACUGGAGGAAAAGGCCAAGAAAAUAAAGUUAAAGGAAAAGAGAACAAGGGCAGAAGUGGUACACCAUCUCCCAAACGGACAUCUGUAGGCUCCAGGCCACCUGCAGUAAGAGGCAGCAGAGAUCGUUUUACUGGGGAAUCAUACACAGUGCUGGGAGACACUGCUAUUGAAAGCGGACAACAUUAUUGGGAGGUCAAGGCCCAGAAGGAUUGUAAAUCCUAUAGUGUGGGAGUAGCAUACAAGACUUUGGGGAAAUUUGACCAAUUAGGAAAAACAAACACUAGUUGGUGUAUCCAUGUCAACAACUGGCUACAAAACACAUUUGCAGCAAAGCAUAAUAACAAAGUAAAAGCCUUGGAUGUUACUGUUCCUGAGAGAAUAGGUGUAUUCUGUGAUUUUGAUGGGGGUCAACUUUCUUUCUAUGAUGCAAACUCAAAACAGUUGUUGUAUUCCUUUAAGACAAAAUUUACUCAGCCAGUACUACCUGGUUUCAUGGUUUGGUGUGGUGGACUUUCUUUGAGUACUGGGAUGCAGGUUCCAAGUGCUGUGAGAACACUUCAGAAAAGUGAAAAUGGAAUGACUGGUUCAGCUAGCAGCCUAAACAUUGUUACUCAGUAAUGCCUACUCAGAAUGCUUCACCCCUCCUUUGGAUUGGGUGGUCUAAUCAUAGAAACUUAUGAGUGGUGGAAAUGAGGUUUGCUACGUUCUGCUUUAAGGCCUGGAAUCUGUUAGCAUUAAGCAUCUAGUACCACAUAUUCACAGGAACCUACUGUGCAAUGUCAUAGAAGCAAGCAGAGAUUGAGCAAGAAACUGAUAUUUUGAAGAGCAAAUGGAGAAAAAGGCAGUAUUUAAAUAGUUACUUAAAUAGAAACUCAUCUUUGUGUUUCUUGGAUUACUUUGGCUCUUCUAAUAUAUUUAGUUACAUAUGGUAGCCCUAGGACCUGAAGAAAAAGCAUUUAAAUCUUG